UUCCCUUUGACGGCUCCUUCUCUGAUGGUUACUUCGAUUCGAAUGCACGGACCUUAAAGCGCGAUGCUGAAGUACGCGCUUGUGUGUGUGCUACUCACCUGUGGGGUUCUGUGUCGGUGUAGAGACAUCGCCAGACUUGACGCCAAUGUGGGAUUUUCUGUAGUGAAUGUGACGUGCGGUGACCAUGAAUGCGUCUCAUGCGCUCUCGCCGAAUUCGCCAAUUCAGCUGUUCUCUAUACCUUUGAAAAUACACUCCAACCGUACGAUGUAGAAUUCACUUCCGAGGGCGCCGAUAACGACUGGAGAUUUAUUUUCGACCAAGCCGAUGUCGAUGAACCGUUCCGUUGGUGUGCCGAAAUGUUGGCCCAUCCUGGCAUUCUCAAGGGUGGAUAUGACUGGAAAGGGGACAUUUGCUUUGACAAUGACGUGUACAGGAGCGGGAUCACCGUCCCCCAGGAGUGUGUCACACCCCUCAUGCUUGUCACCUUGGAGGGUAACGUUGGUCACAAGGGGAGGCAAGGCCGGCAGAUACUUUACUGCAUCCCGCAUUAGAACAAAACACUGGGAUGGAGGCAGACUGG